AUGAUGAAAGAGACGGUGACAUUGAACGAGGCGAUCGAUCGACUCAAAGUCUUGAGGGACUCGGGCGUUCGAAAAAGCCAGGAGGUCGUCCUCUUGGGCCAAGUGAUCCUGGCAGCUUCUGGACGAGCUAGUCGGUUGGGUGAUGAUCUCUGGACCAUUUAUGAACAGCUCGCAGUGGCUGCAUUAGAUCUAGGAAAUGUCCAGCUCGCCAAGACGGUCAUCCAACGAUUAGAAGGGAAAUUUCCGAAUUCGGCGAGAGUGACUGUGUUACAUGGGAUGUUAAUGGAAGCACAGGGUGAUCUUCUUGGGGCGAAAAACUUUUACGAACAGGAGUUGGAGAAAAAGUUCAGCCCGAAGAAUGCUGAUUUGGGUAGUGUUGGAGAGCUCAACAUGCGCGUUCGGAAGCGGCUGAUUGCACUACACCUGCACCACUCGCCUCCUGGUUACUCGCAAGGAUCUAAAUCUACAUCAUCAUCGUCUUCUUCUUCUUCCACUCCGUUUUCUUUUCACACGGCUAUUGAACUCCUGGUCGAUCAUCUUGAUACCGUCUAUUCUGAUCCUGAGGGUUGGCUCCAACUUGCGGAUGCAUACGCUAGUCUAGGAUUGUUGAGUCUCUGA